CGCACGGAUCCGCCAACGAACCAACAAACCGGCCCUUCAUUCUGCAGCCUGUGCGUCCUCCACGACAUGAAACAGACUCUGAGCGAACUCAUGAGGAUGAGCAGGAUAUGCCGCAUGGUUUUUGCCACCUGUUUGGGAUCCUUUAUUCUGGUCAUCUUUUAUUUCCAAAGUAUGUUCCAACCAGUCAUGCGGAGGAACCCCUUCAUGGUGGACGGCUGCUGUAGGAAAGGAUCCCGCAACGCCCUGCAGGAGCUCUACAACCCCACACAGCCGGAGUUGUCCGGAGCAGCCGUCCUCCACCAGGCCAGGAGGGAUCAAGUUGUGGACGCCUGCCGGGUUUACAGCGCAUCCAGCCGUAAGCGCAGAGUCCUGACACCUGGAGACCUCAAGCACCUCGUGGUGGAUGAAGACCAUGAACUCAUCUACUGCUAUGUCCCCAAGGUGGCGUGUACCAACUGGAAACGAGUCAUGAUGGUGUUAACAGGACGGGGGAAAUACAGUGACCCAAUGGAAAUCCCGUCAAAUGAAGCCCAUGUUCCCUCCAACCUGAAGACGCUGAACCAGUACAGCAUCGCAGAGAUCAACCACCGCCUCAAGAACUACCUCAAGUUCCUCUUUGUCCGUGAGCCCUUUGAGAGGCUGGUCUCUGCAUACCGUAACAAGUUCACCCUCAAGUAUAACUCAUCCUUCCACAAACGCUUCGGCACCAGAAUCAUCCGGCGCUACCGCAAGAAUGCCACGCAGGACGCCCUGCUCAACGGUGCUGACGUCAAAUUCAAAGAAUUCACUGAGUAUCUGGUCGACCCGGCCACGCAGCGAGACGGCCCACUCAACGAGCAUUGGCAGACUGUGUACCAGCUUUGUCACCCAUGUCACAUCCACUACGACCUCGUGGGAAAGUACGAGACGCUGGAAGAGGAUGCAAACUACGUGUUGCGGCUUGUGGGUGUUGGCGACUCCUUGCGCUUCCCCAGUUACGCCAAAUCCACUCGCACCACAGACGCCAUGACGGCCCAGUUCUUCAGCAAUAUCAGCAGUCAGCAGCAGAUCCAGCUCUACCAGCUUUACAAGUUGGACUUCCUCAUGUUCAACUACUCCACGCCCAGCUACCUGAGGCUGGACUAAAGGAGGAUGGAGCUGAGGCUCUGGCGAUGGCUGCCUUGAUUAAGAAGGCAAGAAAACGAGUGAAGGGCGGAUUAUUUUUGAUUAUUUAAAAACUGUUCUUGGAGGCAUGGGGUCUGAAUUAGACUCGAAUAGGUGCUAGAAAGGUAAUGUGAUUGUCUGGGCUUAACGAGGAGAAUGUCAAAUGGGUGAUACGGGGGCACUGUUUGGAUUAGAAUGCGGGCAUGCAAGGACUUAUGGGUGAAGCAGGUCUUCAAGGUGUUUAAAACUCAGAGGACUGACUUGAAGAGGGAUUUUCCUAACGACGCCCCCUACAUGUUUAAACAAAACUGCUGACAAAUUAGGCUGCUUCUGAUUCUACAAAGCAAAAAGCGGCCUCGCACGCGCCCUGACCCCAACGCAUCGUGGGAGCUAAGCUUAUCUCCCCACCCCAUGAUCAAUAGAGAAACUCCGUCAAAUUGUAAAACAUGAGUCAUGUCCUCUGCAGCGCCAACGGCACUGCAUGUUAACGCCCAUCACCCUUGCCCUCAUUAGAUUCAUGUAUUUCAGAGGGAAGCUGGCUCAUCACCGCCUCAAGGACGCCCUGUAAUGAAUGGCUACUGACUUCACUCUAAAGACCUCUACCAAUGUAGCAGUGGCAACAUGGCACACAGCUGACAGUUUUCAAGUUGUCACUGGUCUCUAUCUUCAUGGAUUUUGAAAACAGGACCCCUGGUGUUACAACCUGCGGACCCUGGGACUUCUGCAGUCUGGAAUAAAUCUUUGCCUGAGCAUCCUAGGAAGGUAGAGGAUGCUAGGGACAAGUCUGCACAGAGAGAGAAGAGACAAAGAACUUGUAUUGGUUGUGAAAGGGUUAAAGGCACUGGAUCUCAUAACCCCGCCCUGCUGCGUCCCAAAAUGCUGGACGCUCCCAGGGCCACACCAGAAACUAAGACCCUUCUCUGACAACCAAACAUGUCUUUCAGUAAAUUAAGAAUAUCCUUUUUUGUCUUUAUGCUUAUUUUUAUUGUCUUAUGAAGCAUUGCUGCGAGCAGCAAUAACUAAAGAUUAUUUAAUUUGCAUUGUUGAUUAAAGAGAGAAAGAUUUACGUUCUUGUUUCUGGGCUGAUGAACAUUUUAGGAAGUUUUUUAAAGCUGAAGUGUUGUGAAAGGUCAUACCCUGCCUCCGGUACAUUAUUUUCAUUGUAAAGGGUGUGAGUAUGGUACGUUUCACAUGUCCUUCUGUGUCCGAGUUAUUUUCAAACAUGUGGUGCCAAAACGUCUGUGAGAGCGUCAGAGAUCCACAGUGGGUCUUUAGAGAGCCUGAGAACUAGCUCUCAGUGAGCAUAUCACCAAUCUGCAGCCCACAUCACAGAAUCAGAUACUGUAUCUCGCACUGUAAUGUGAUUAAUGCGAGCGAUGCUAAGCAAUGUCAAGGUUAAUAGCUGCACUCUCCAUCACGCUGUCAAUUGGAUUACAGGCUGUUGUGUAAGCAUUACAGAGGAGGGAGAGACAGAGAGAGUCUGUGUGCUUUUUAAUGGCUCUUUUAUAGUCCAGUUCUUCAAAGUGGGGGAGAUUUUUUUGGGGAAUGCAGUAACUUUUGUUGCACUUGACUUACCUAGGGGGCUUUCACAUCUAUAGUAUAGUUCUAUACCCACACAGAGCUGUACUGGCAUCGUUUUGUCACAGGUUCCACUGCAUAGGUAAACUUUGAUGUGCAUACUUUUCCCUGAGGCGCUAGUCGGUCUGUUAACUUACCAACAAAAUGAGUCAUGGGUCAAUCUGGAGCAGUAGGGAGGUGACAUUUGAGCAGGUGAAGAUAUUUGGCAUGAUUCCUGAAAGAUCCAGCAGCAGUGCCCCUCCUAGAUCUGUUUUUUUUGUGUGUGUAAAUGAAUGUAAGGGAUGUUUCAAAAUGUUCACUGGCUAUUUAAGCAUAGGCAAUCACAAUCAUCACCUGAAAGUGCUUUUAGAGUUUUUUCCACAUGGCAAGGCCAGAAUGCAAUUCUUACAUUUGACCUUCCAUACAUUCAAAAGAAAGCGCUCAUACCAUUUUCAAAACAGGGGACGAAAAUUGUUGGGUUUAAGUUAAGUGUCACGAUUUAAUAUGUGACCAUGUUAACUGAUGCAAUAUCUAAUGCUAGCAUGCAGUUAGGACUCUGUGUCAGUUUCUGUCUUAUGAUGACAGCGAAACAAAGAGGUAUUCGUGAGUACUCUGGCUGGUUGCAGAUAUGGAUAAUCAGCACAAUGCCAACCCCAUUACUCAUCCAGGCUGACAUCAGUCGACCCCUACUUGAAAAUAUAUACAUCAAAAUGCAAAACUGACACAUGCAUGGCUGCAGGCAACAGUUUACCCACAUACUUGGGAGACUGAGAUGGCCACCCUGCCCUUUUGACAGUAUUCAUCAACAAUACAUCGUAUAAAGACACUAAAAAAACAUUACCCACCUUUGGAGAUUGUUUUAAAUCAAUAUUCUGUGACUUGGGUCAAGUUCAGACAGGCCACUCUGGUUGCAACCUUGGCCUCAGCUUAAACCAGCACCUUGCCUAACCCUAACCUGAGGCUGGCUUGAAGGGGAGGAGGGGUGGUGGUAGUUGGUGUGUACUUGGGUCAGAUCCAGUCAGGCCAUUCUGAAUGCAACCCAGGCCUCGGCUGGUAAACUUAGGCCAUGAAAAUGACCAAGUUCUUGCAUGGGGAGAGCGGGGAACUGUCACUGAAGGUUGCCCUUGUUUUUUCCUCAUCCAUAUUCAAAAAUAAUCUCAUUCACACAUCAAACAUCUUUGUCCACAUGAAAAUGCAAAAACACACACUGUAAAAAAGCAGACAACACAUACGAUACCUACUGGACCAAAUUAAAACAUAGAUAUUGAUACUUCAUUUUGAUACCCCACCACCCAAAUUAAAGGCAUGAAAUUUGCAUGGUUUAUGUGUUAGGUUACACCAGUCUCCUUUUCUUAUCCCAUGUUCAAUUGGCAUCUUAUAAAAAUAUUUUUGCAGAUCAUUUACAAAUCCCAGACAGCUUUUAUUCUCCCAUGGACUCUCAACACACUUUUUCCUCUCAAACGAAUCAAUUCAGGCACCAUUUAGGCACCAGCUGUAUAAAAAGUAUGAACUUAGCACCGGUAUCACAAAAACAAAACAAAUGAUACCCAACUCUUGGAAGUUUUUAGAAAGGUGUGUUCAGUGACCUAAAACCUGGUUUUUAUGUGUACAGAAGGUCAAAAUACAGAUAAAAACCUUUGUUUUAGAACAGUGGUUCUUGACUGGUCUGGUCCACCAGCUCUCCUUAUCAGUAAUCAUGAACCAAGUUAAGGAAAAAAAAAUUAAGUGUUUAAAUUAUUUUAAUAGAAAAUGAUGCUGCUUGGACUGUAAACAGAACAGAAUACAGUUGAACACAUGCAUACAUUUCAUACUGACUUUUACUCAGAUAUUUUGUACAUUUUGGCAGUUUCUUGAAGAAUACUACACUAUCUUGGGAAAACCAGCAGUGUGACCCCAAUAAAAUGAUUAAAUAAGUAUUGAUAAAAUUACUCCAAUGUAUUUUCUAUUGAGAGAGAACCAAGUAAAAUAAAAAGUUUGGGUGUGUGUCCACUUAGUCCGUCCGUAAAUCCUGGACUUUAUACACCUUUUUCCUCCAGGAAGUUAUUCGUGACCCACUGGAAAGAGCUCCGUGACCCACUUUUGGGUCCGACCCACCACUUGAGAACCACUGUUUCAGAAAAUUCCCGCCUUCAUGUGGACAAGGCUUUAGUGCACUAAGUCCGUUAUUUUCAGAUGCAUUUUUCAGGUCCGUAAUCCUUUAAAAAAACCUCACACGCUCAGACCUUAACACACUGAGUCUGAAGUGUUUAUUUUUGUAUUCACUGUGAAAAUUUGUCAAACGUGGCGAAUGACUUUAAAGAGGAGAAGGCGGUGAAGAUGUCUCUGACUUUCUUGGAGAGAUGUAGCACAACUUCUCAAUUCAGUCUGUGUUACGUGGCUGUGAGCACAUAUUGCGGCCUUUAUCUCUUAUAAUUAAUGGUUGAUAUCCACAUAAAACACUGGUAAAUCACAGUGUUUAAAGUGAGGUUUCAGCAUGAGUGAGCAGGGAGCUGCAGCCAAUGCGACCAAUCACCUAUCAUCUAUUUGAAUGGCUUGGGAAGAUGCAAAAGACUGCACGAAUUGAACCUGUUCCAGAGGUUUCAGCAGCAGUAUUCAAACAUGAUUAGCACAACACAGAAUCGUUUUUCAUUUUUAACGUGCAGCAAAACCUGAGUGCAGGAUGGCAUUGGCUGCAGGACGCUGCAGAAAAAUAUUAAAGCAGCAAAAUAUGAAUAUGCAAGAAAAAUGCACUAUUUUAAGUAUCUUAUGCAUGCACAGGUGAUGACUUAAUGUGACCUCAAAUUAAAGAGAAAAAAGAAAAAAUGGUCGGUUUUAAAUAUUCCAGGGUGGCCAACCCAAGUUUUUUCAAUAAGUGGGAAGCACUGAUAUUUUAGACUCCUAAAUAGAUUAAAGAGAUUGAAUUAUCACAAAGAAAGCCUGUUGUUGUGUAAUGCUGCAGCCUAGGAAAGGUUUGAUAAGAGGCCUGCAGCUAUUUGUGCCUGGGGGAUGCCUCACAGUUUAUUCCAUCCAUGCAGGCAGACACAGUUUUCUGAGAAAGACUUACCGUUUUAGAAUGAGAGUUUUUUUUUUUUUUCAUAAAACGGAUAGUGUCUAAAAUAUGAUCCAACAAAAGACCCUUUAUUUCCCUGACCAUAGUAGUUUAAUAAACUCUUUCAUAAUUUAUUCUGCAGUUCAAGGUGUGUUUAAAUAUAAAGCCAUGCUCAGUGGUGGCCAGAUGUCUCUUAAAAAGAGCCAGAAAGUUAAAUGUCAGCAUUUAUGAAAGGAGUGAUGACCAAAUCUCAGCCUAAAAAUGGAGGUCCAUUUCCUCUAGGACACAUUUUGGUGGAUAUUUUAGCAGCAGACCACUUCUGGUGUCUUUUCAAUUAUGUACUGUACAUGUAUCUUUACCGUUCAUGCUUGUGUGUGGGUUAUAAUGAGAGAACAGCCUUAUUCCGAAGCCUCAACACACAUCUGGCUCUAAUAAAGGAGCACAGCUACUGGCCCUGGCCUGUGGCCCCGGUUAUCCUCCUCCUGCAGAAACAAUGGCUGUAUUCUCAGCACAGCCUCCUCCUGGGAGCGUUGACACGCACACAAACUUGCACAUUAGCACUCCCGCUGAUGUUGAUGCCACGCAGCGUCUUACUCAGCAGCCGUAAGCAGAGGUUUGGUCAGGCAGCAGCUCUCCACUUAAACACAACGAUUGAGCCUGAACUUAAACCGCUCAUUUGAACCCCAGAAUGGAAGAAGAACGACACACAAAGGACCUCUUUGCCAGCAAACAAGCCAUUACAGAGGCCUCUCUACUCCUCACUAUUUUCACCUCUCUGUCCUCGCUCCAAAAGUGUCUCCUUUAUAAAAAACAGCAGCAAGCCAGUGUUCAUGAUCCCUGCUGUCCCUCCAGGAACAAGACAGCCUCUUUAAGUAAACAGAGCUGCUAAAAAAUCCCCACAGCGAUCCGUCAAGACGACCGAGGCUGACUUUCUGCCUCAGAUAAGAACAUUUUUAGGCACUUUUGUCCCUGAUUUUAAUUCCUGGAUCUCUAAAUAACCAUGCCUGUUUACUGCUUAGUAUUUAUAUGAAAGCAGAGCCAACAGAUAUAUUUAUGUUGUUUUCAACGACGUCUAUUAUUAGACUGAUUUACAUAUUUGCUGUUUUGCUGAGACGAAGACAGGCAGGUUUUUAAAUGGAUCCUUUUUGAUCUUAAGAAUGACAGGAUGCUAUGGCUUCUGUUUUUUAUUCAUAUUCUUUUAUUUAUUUAUUUACAUAUACUUUUAAAGCUGUAGUUAAAAGCAGAUGGCAUAACAGGUACAUAUGAUCAAAAUUCAAAUAAGUAUUUUGAUAUUUUGGGAAAUGCACUUAUUCACUGCACCGAUGUGUUCUGUUGGAUUAAAGAGGCAACUUCAUAUACUGAAAAUGAAGCUGAUGCAGGUGUGGACACGGACCCCAAAACAUAAACAUAGAUCUCAGACGGGUCCUCUCAAGGACUGAUCCUGUGAGACACCAUCUCUGUCAGAAUGGAAGUGCCACAAUUUACAGUACAACAUAUUUACACUUUUUGAUUUUUUAAAUUGAACUUUAUUCAUGAAAUAACCACAUUAAAAACAUUACAUACUUAGCAAUAUUUCCUAAAUUAAACAGAGAAAAGAGUCAGAGGUCAAACCAGGGGGGUAGAUUGUUCAAAAAUCUGUUUUAGAAGUAGAUAUGCAGACAGUGGCUCACCUUGGUUUCGUUAGCUUCAGCUAACAUAGCUACAUGAGCUACAUAGGUAACUUUAAGCUAGUGUAGCUAAAUCAGCUUUAGCAACAUGAGCUUAAGCAAAUAGCUAUGAAGCUUAUGUAGCUAACCUUAGCUUUGUAGCUCCAUUAAUACAUCCUUGAGCAUUGUGAGCUUUAGCUAUGUAGCUAUGGAGCUAUGAGAUCUAUGCAGCUAAUGGACCUAUUUAGGCUAUUUUUGCUUCCUAUUUUAGAAGUAGACAUGUGAGCGAUGGCUCACUUUUGUUUCAUUAGCUCAAGCUUUAGCUAACAUAGCUACAUUAGCUAUGUAGUAUUGUUAGUAUGUAAUCCAGUGUUGCUUAAUCAGUUUUAGCAAUGUGAGUUUUAGCAAAUAGUUACAUAGCUUAUGUAGCUAAUGUUAGCUUUUUAGAUAUGUUAAUAUAUCUUUGAAUAUUGUGACCUUUAACUAUGUAGCUAUGUUAUCUACAUAGUCAACAGAGCUACAUAUGCUCUUGCUACCGAUUUUAGAAAUAGGACAGUGGCUUGCUUUAGCCUUGUUGGCUUUAGAUAAACCAAAUAUAGCUACUCUAGCUACAUAGUGUACCUCACUGCAUAAGCUAGUGUAGCUAAAUUAGCUUUAGCAAUUUGAGCUUUAGAAAAUGUAGAUAAAUGUAACAUGGCUAUGUUUAUUAUGUAGAUAAUGUAGCUAAUGUUAGCUUCACAGCUUUGUUUGUACAUCCCUGAGCUUUUAGCUUUAGCUACCUUAGCUACUUAGCUACAUUAUCCACUUAGAUAUAUUAUCCACGUAGCUUACAGAGCUAUGGAAGGAACAUAUUGUGUGUGUAUGAUUGUUUUCAUGUAGGACAACCUUUUUUAAUGUUUUUUCAUAUAAUAAAAAUAACGC